AUGUCUAUAGGAUGUCUUUAUUGUUUCAAAGUCAUAUGUUUCAUGAAGAAACACAUCAAGAAAGAAGACAUUAAACCCCUGAAAGCAGAAGGUUUGACAAAGGUUGGAGAAAAAGAUGCAAACAACAGCGUGGAGAAGAAAAAACCAGAGACAUGCAAGGAACCUGUGUACCGCCUUAUAGAAUGUAGCUCACGUGUAGGUAGCAGUAACAUGGAAGAGUACGAGUCUGAAGGUUUUUAUGUAGGUGUCUCUUCUUCACCAAUGACUAAUGAUUUCAACAAAGUGAAGACCUUUGAUUUUCGUGAAGUCGCAAAAGCCACGGCAAAAUGA